AUGGGGAGUCCAAAGCGCCCGCAGCUGAGAGCGGCCCCGGGGGUGAGCGGCCUCGGGGGCCUUGGGGCCUCGGGGUCGGACAGGGAGCCGGGUCGGCGCGCCCCGGGGCGCAGGGCGGCGGCGAGGGGACUGCUGCUCGGCGCAGCUGCGGCCGCCAAGGGGUUGCGUGAGGACCUGAGGGGCGCGGCGGCCCGGCCCUGGAGAGGCCUGGCGCGGAUCCCGAAGCAAGAGCGGCCGCGGCGCGAGGAGGCGGCGGCCGAGCACGAGUUCCUGCUGCCAAAUGAGAGAAGCUUCCAGAAUGCUGCUAAAAGCAAUAAUUUGGAGCUUAUGGAGAAGCUGUUUGAAAAGAAGGUUAACAUGAAUGCUGUGAGCAAUAUGAGUAGAACAGCCCUGCCUUUUGCAGUGGGGACAGGUCAUUUGUCUGCGGUGGAUUUCCUGCUGAAUCACAAGGCCGGGGGGGUGUUGCUGGUGAGGAAGCAUGGCUUGACAGUAAUUCACCUUGCAUCCUGAUCUGGAAGCCUCGAGAUCACGCUCAUGCUGGUUAGAGCUGGAGCAGACCAGAGAACCAAGAAUCAGGAUGGAAUGAAUGCCCUCCACUUUGGGGCUCAGAGCAACAACGUGUGCAUUGUGGAGUACCUCAUUCAAGAUCUGCACCUGAGGGACUUGGACCAGCCUGAUGAGAAAGGAAGAAAACCAUUUCUUUUGGCGGCAGAGCGGGGCCACAUUGAAAUGAUAGAAAAACUUAUCUUCCUUAAUCUGCAUACUUCAGAAAAGGACAAGGAGGGGAAGACUGCCCUGCCCGCAGCAAAGCAUGGUCACAGCCCUGCGGUCCAGGUGCUGCUCACCCAGUGGCAAGAAAUAAAUGAGACCAAUGAGCUCAAUAUCAGUGCUUUGCAGAUAGCAACCCGGAACGGCCGCACAUCCCUUGUCAGCUUUCUUCUCAGUGAGAACGUUGAUCUGCACCAGAAGGUGGAACCUAAGGAGUCCCCUCUUCAUUUAGCUGUUAUCAAUAACCAUAUCACAGUGGUAAACAGCUUAUUAAGUGCACAGCAUGAUAUUGACAUCUUAAAUCAGAGGCCGCAAACUCCUUUGCAUGUAACUGCUGAUCUUGGAAAUGUGGAACUGGUGGAAACCCUGCGGAAGGCGGGCAGUGACCUAAAGGUUGUUAACAAGCAAGGGAAGGCUGCCCUGGCUGUGGCCGCCAGGAGCAACUGCAGCCUCAUCGUGGACACGCUCAUUAAAGCCAAGAGGUGCUACGCCUGGAGAGAGGAGCAUGGUGAGAACAUCGAGGACCCAUCAACCAGCUUUACUCUGACGUUCAAGCAAGAUCACAGUCAGGAGACCAGGCACAUUUGCAGUCUCCGCUGGCACCUGGCUUACCGUCAGCAGAAGGCCAACGAGUGGCAGAGGCUGGCCCAUUUGUGGAACUUUACAGACGCCCAGAUCAGAGCCAUUGAGGAGCAGUGGUCAGGUCAGCAUGGCCCAGGAGAUGAGAGCUUCUGUGAACACGGCCACGGGGCUCUGCUCAUCUGGCUGCACGGGGCCCUGGUGACACAGGCCACGCCUGUCAAGCACCUGUACGAAGAGCUGGUGUGCGCGGGCUUCUCAGAACUAGCUGAAAAGACUCGUCAGUUUAAAAGUGAAACUGACUCAAGGCCCAAGAAAUGUGCAGUUUCAUAAAUGCCUAAAGAAAUUGUAUUUAAAUGAUUUUCCAUUCAGUAUUCAGUCCUCUUAAAUUCAGUUCUUGAA